GAGGAAAAGAACAAAGAGAUGGAGAAGACAAAACAGCAACUAGAGGAGAAGAUUAAAGAGAUGGAAAAGACAAAACAACAACUAGAGGACAAAAACAAAGAGAUGGAAAAGACAAAACAACAACUAGAGGAAAAGACAAAACAACAACUAGAGGACAAGAACAAAGAGAUGGAGAAGACAAAACAACAACUAGAGGAAAAGACAAAACAACAACUAAUCCAGAUCCUCCUCAUGUCAGGAGAAGAAACAGUAUGGAGAGAGACCCAGCACAGUGAGAGCAGAGAGGGGGAGGUGGCUGGGAGACGGGUGACCGUGGUGGAAACUCCAGACUGGUUCUGCAGUGGACUCUCUGAGAAGGGCCUGAGACAGGACGUGGGGCGUUGUGUCCGUCUGUCUGCCCCAGGACCUCACGCCUUCCUCCUGGUGAUUCCAGUGGAGCCGUCUGAAGGAGUGGAGAGGAAGAUGCUGGAGAAAAUGGAGGAUAUGUUUGGGGAGGGCUGUUGGGGACACACACUGAUCCUCUUCACCCAUGCUGAGGGGAUGAGAGAGAGGAGUGUGGAGGAGUUGCUCCAGACAGGGAGCCAGGAGCUCCAGCAGCUGGUAGAGAAAUGUGGGAACAGGUGUCACCUUGUCAACGUUAAGGACAUGCCUGAUGACACUAAGAUCACACAGCUGCUAGAGAAGAUAGAAGAGAUGGUGUCAGGAAACAGAGAGAGAUUCUACAGCAGUGAGACCUACCAGGAGGCAGAGAAACAGCUCAGAGAGAUAGAGAGAAUAAUACAGAAAGAGCGAGAGGUGGAGGAGAGGAAACUGAGGGAGGAGAGAGAGAGAAGAGAGGAACUUGAUAAAAAUGUUCAGGAGUCUCUGAAGAUGAUGGAGGGAGAGAUUCAACAGCAUGAAGGAGAAAUUAGAACAUUAAAUGAAAGAACCACAGAACUGGAGAGAAAGAUGAAAGAAGAGAGGGAUGAAGAGAAG